ACAUCCAAUCCUAACCCUCCUAAACUCACUCACUUGGCAUGCAAGCUGUACUGUUUCUAAUAGCACCGGUCACCCAGAUUAUCACUCGGGUUCCUGACUGCUUGGGAUCCCCCAGAAGGGAGAUGUAGCAUGGAGCACUGCAGGUAACACCAGGCAUUUGUCUUCCCUGCUGCCUCACCUCAGUUCAGCUUUGUGGCAUUCAGGUGACACCAGUACACAGGACUCGAGUGUGUGAUGCGGGAAGUCAGGCGUGGCAGCGUUAGAGUGGGAUUUGUACUGGUUAUUAACACGUCCCCAUUUUCCAGGUAUGGGUGUUGGUUGAUUGCAGCCUCAGCUUGGGCAGGGCAAUUGCUUAGGCCGGGAGCACACCCCAGAACGUGUCAACCACCCUGUGUAGAGUCACAGGAUGGCUUGGGUUGGAAGGGAGCUUAGAUCGUUUCCAACACCCCUGCCACAGAGAAACCUUCCACAAAAAAUUUGCUCAAAGCCCCACCCAACCUGGCCUGGAAGACUUCUAAGGAUGGUACAUCCACAACUCUCGGCAAUCUGUCCCAGUGCCUCACCACUGUGAGGGUCACAGUAAAGAAUUUCUUCCUAACUCCUACCGGGAGUAUCGGGAGACCUUCCUACUCACACUGGGCUAUGGAAAACUAAAAACUCAUCGCCAUGGGCUUUCCAGGGCUUGGGCAUCGCUCAGGCUCGCGGGUGUUCUGCACGAGCUCGGCGUGGUUGCAGAAAGCAGCGGAGGCUCUCGGCGGCGGGAAUCCCUCGGUUCCUACGGCCGGAGCUAAGGGCCAGCAGGACCAGGGACCCGUCGGCUUGCACACCGCCCUACCCGGCAGCCGCGGACUCGCUCAGCCCGUGGCACAGCGGGGCCGGUCCGGGCGGCGGCCGCUGGCGUCACAGCGGGGCCCGGCGGGGCCCGCCCCGGCCGGCGCGCGGAUCACGUGAGCGGCGGCGGCGGCAGCGUCAGCUGAUCGCGGCGCGGCGGCGGCGAUGGACUUUCUGCUCGGGAACCCCUUCAGCUCCCCCGUGGGGCAGCGCAUCGAGAGAGCUACCGAUGGGUCCCUGCGGAGUGAGGACUGGGCUCUCAACAUGGAGAUCUGCGACAUCAUUAACGAGACUGAAGAAGGGCCCAAAGAUGCAUUCCGAGCCAUUAAGAAGAGAAUUGUAGGGAAUAAGAACUUCCAUGAAGUUAUGCUGGCUUUGACGGUCCUGGAGACCUGCGUCAAGAACUGCGGCCAUCGCUUCCACGUCCUUGUGUCUAGCCAGGACUUUGUAGAAGGUGUCCUGGUGAGAACAAUCCUGCCAAAGAACAAUCCACCUGCCAUAGUGCAUGACAAGGUGCUGACCCUCAUCCAGUCCUGGGCGGACGCCUUCCGCAGCUCUCCAGACUUGACUGGUGUCGUUGCUGUCUAUGAAGACCUGAGACGGAAGGGUUUGGAGUUCCCCAUGACUGAUCUGGACAUGCUGUCACCUAUCCACACACCACAGAGGACUGUGUAUAGCUCCAACUCUCAGUCUGGACAGAACUCACCUGCAGUCAACUCCCCUCAGCAGAUGGAGUCCAUCCUCCACCCUGUCACCCUGCCCCCUGGGAGGGGCACGUCCAGCGAUGCACCCAUCACACCCACACCAGAGCAGAUCGGGAAGCUGCGCAGUGAGCUGGAAGUGGUGAAUGGGAACACAAAGGUGAUGUCGGAGAUGUUGACGGAGCUGGUGCCGUCCCAGGCCGAGCCUUCUGACCUGGAGCUGCUGCAAGAGCUGAAUCGGACAUGCAGAGCCAUGCAGCAGCGAGUCCUGGAGCUGAUUCCCCGUGUCCUCCAUGAGCAACUCACCGAGGAGCUGCUCCUCAUCAAUGACAACCUCAAUAACGUGUUUCUGCGCCAUGAAAGGUUCGAGCGACUUCGGACAGGACAGCCUGUUAAGGCACCAAAUGAGGCAGAGAACAGCUUGAUUGACCUGGAACCCAAUACUCCUUCAGCACUGAAACAGCCUGAAGUCACCAGCAACCUUUCCUCUCAGCUGGCUGGAAUGAACCUGGACUCAAGCAGUGUAAGUGCGGGGCUGCACUCCCUCGACACUUCUGGCAAGCUGGAAGAAGACUUUGACAUGUUUGCCCUGACCCGUGGCAGCUCGUUGGCUGAGCAGCGCAAAGGGGUAAAAUAUGAAGACCCCCAAGCCACCAAAGGCCUUGCUGGUGCCCUGGAUGCCCGGCAGCAGAACACAGGAGCAGGGGAGUCUGGUGAUGGAGCCCAGCUGACAAAGUGGAUGAUGCGUCAAGGAAUGGUACCAGUUCCUCAAGCCAAUUUCAUGGAAGACAUAGAAAAGUGGCUCUCCACUGACGUGGGAGAAUCAGAGGAUCCAAAAGGUGUCACCAGUGAAGAGUUUGACAAAUUUCUGGAAGAGCGAGCAAAAGUUGCGGACCGCCUCCCCACUUUGUCCAGCUCCUCAGCAGGGACAUCUCUGUCCCCUCCUGCUGCCAGCCAUCAUCGGAAGCAAGCAAAGGAAGAUGAUGCUAUGUUUGCCUUGUGAAUGCUAUGGACCGGUGUGCUGUGGAGCAAGAGGCUGUGUGUGCUGUUUUGCUUGCCUCCAACCAGGGGCCAGCAGAGGAAGGACUCUGUCCCCUUCCUCCAUUCUCUUCCUGUUUUACCUUUGAGUUGUUUUUAUUUUUAAGCUGCUUUCAGACUUCAGAUAAUCUUUGUUGUGUUUAGCAAUAUCAUACAAUAGACUUGUAAAGGGGGUUUCAAAGCUGCUAGAGAAUGUUGGAGUUCAGUGGGCUUUUUUUUUUAUGGUACAGUGUGGGCAAAGCAGAAGAAGCUCUGGAAGAAGCUCCCCCAUCCUACUUUCCAGUGGGGUGUUAGAGAUCUUGCCCAAGAAACAGGAGAGGCUGCAGUCUGCUGCUGAAAUCAUUCCUGCCUGCCUCUUUCCUCACCCCUCCCCUAGAAUGUAUCUCCAGCCCUCUGCCUGCCAGUGUUAGACUGGAAAGCAUGGGGAUGUGAAGCAUUACUGGUGGCCAAGGAGGAACACUAAUGGUAGAGAGACCCUGUUGCUCUAACCUCUCUUGCACAAGUGUUUGUGGUAUGUAACACCUUCCCACUCACAACCCCUUCUCUUCCUCUUCCUCACCUCCCUUUCCCCAUCAGUUUAUCCAGAAUCCUACCCACAGCCCAGAUGUUUCCAUUGCAUGACAGCCAGUCGUCCAAACCCUUGGCAGCACACAGGACUGCAAGCGGUACCCCAGGCUGAAGGGGCUGUCUCCCACGGGGUAGGAUGUGCCUUCAGCAAACUAUUUGCAGUUAAUUUAAUUUUCUAUUAUCCUACUUUUCUCCCAGUGUGAUCCUACCUCCCUCUCCCACUGAUGCCUUCCACCGCAUCGUGCCGUGGUGUGGGGAGUCUCUUAGAGCCAGGCCAAUGCUACAGACUCCCUCAGGCUGGCUGUGUGCGCCGGGGUCACAGAGUGCAUCCCCCUAAAUAGGAGGCCCUUCCAUCAGCACUCUUACACCAGUGGGAACAUGCUGUUGCUGCAGAAGCUUGUUCAGCUGGUGAGCACAGAGGGGAAGCGAGACAUCAGUCAUCUCAUGCCAGUAGAACAGCCUUGCAGCAGCCAGAAGCUCCUCUGCACAUGGGGAGAAAAACGCCUCAGAGCAAACUGCACAUGCUGCCCACUUGUAAAUGAAAGCCAGGGAGGAGGGUGCCAAGCUCAGAGCUCCUGCUUGUGGGAUUUCUUGAGUGUGGGAGAGUUGUCCUUUUUUACUGCACAUUAAAGGAGCAAAGACUUGAGCCUCCCUUGAA